AUGUCCGCCAACGCCUCGUUUGAGGAGUCCGUCGUCGCGUUGAAGUCCAUGUUCCCGGACAUCCCGGAGCUGGUCGUGCGAACGACGCUCGAGGCGAGAGACGGACACGUGGAGAGCUCGGUGGAGAAGCUGUUACAGAUGUCGCGACGGGGUGGAGGUGGACACACGCAAGUCGGCGGGUUCGAUCGCGCGCCCGGCGCGAUCGGGAUGUCGCCGUCGUCGAGGAACGGAGGAUACGGGAACGGUGGUUACGGUGAUCAGUCCAUGGGGUCGCAGGAUUAUUACUCUAACGUGCCGCCGCCUCGAGAGGAGGAUUCGCUGUGGGAUUGGCUCACGGGGCCCUCAACAGCCGGGAACAGUUCGAACGACGAGACGUGGAACUGGAUAUCGAACCAGAUGUCGUACCUGGCGCUCGAGGCGUCGCGCCAAAUUAAAGGGGUGACGGAUGCGAUCGCAGAGGAGAUUUUGGGUCCUCCUGAGGAGGAGUUAGGCGAAGAAGUGGAGGAGAUCACUGAGGAGGAGCGGGAGCGGGCGGACGUGGUGUCGGGCGGCAUGUCGACGCAGGCAAGUCGACGCGCGCCAAAGGCGAAGAAGGAUACGCCUCCGCCGAAGAAGAAGCCCGGCAAUCGCGCACAGGAAUAUGAGGAGGAGGACGACGACGCUCUGGGCGCCGUCUUGAACCUUCUCGGUCUGGAGGAUGAAGACGAAGAAGAGGAGUACGUGCGCCGCGACUCGAAAAAGGAUAAGUGA